UGCCCGGUCGGGGCCGCGGCGGGCGGCGGGAGCUGCGCCGCGUCCGCACGGGCCACGCCUGGGGCUGCGAACCGGGCACGGAGCGGGACCCCCGGGCCACCCCUGCGGCUGCGAGCGGCACCGGGACCCCCGGGACACCCCCGGGGCUGCCAACGGCACCGGGAACGAGACCCCCGAGCCACGCCUGGGGCUGCGAACCGGCACCGGGAACGGGACAGGGACCCCCGGGACGCGCCUGAGGCUUGGAGGGAGGCACCGGCACCGGGACCCCCGGAACACGUCUGGGGCAGCCGCGAACCGGACACCGGGACCCGCAGCCGCGCCGGGGCAGUGCCAGCCAUCUGCUCCUGCCCACGCCGUGCCGGCCCCAGCGGGUGCCCCGCGGUGUCCCCAUGGAGUGACCCCGCGGGGGUCUCGGCGCCGGGGGGACCCUGGCUCCCGCCACCAGCAUGAGCGACUUCUGGCACAAGCUGGGCUGCUGCGUCGUGGAGAAGCCCCAGCCUAAGAAGAGGAGGAGGAGGAUCGACCGCUCCAUGAUCGGGGAGCCCAUGAACUUCGUGCACCUGACGCACAUCGGCUCCGGAGACAUGGCCGCGGGAGAGGGGCUGCCCAUGACCGGUGCCAUGCAGGAGAUGCGAUCCAAGGGCGGCCGGGAGCGACAGUGGAGCAACUCCCGGGUGUUGUAGCGUAUUCCUGGCAUUUUCAGCCCGAACUUGAACUGCCCCCCUGCCCCCGCCGGAGGAGAGGCCACCCUGGAGCCCCGCGGUAUUUAUGCAGCACCAGCCUCGCCCAGCUCCCGGUGACUUCUGGUCGUCAUUCCCCCGGGAAAUCCCUCCUUCCCGGGGGCAUCGGGCGGUGACACGGGGAGGGGGCAGCGAUAACAGCCCCCUCCUCCUGCCCCACCUGGGAAGGACACAGCUACCCCCUGGCCCGUGCCAGGAGCUGCCAGGCGCAGCCCACGCGUGCCAAACCUUCCCGGGGUUCCCUUUGCCCACUCCGGUGUGUCCCGUGGGCUGCCCGGUGG